UUAUGGGUUAGUGGGUAAAAAAUUAGGAAAAGCUUGUGGCAUCUCUAUCGAUCUACUUCAAGGCUCAAGCAACAUCCAUCCGGUGUAGGGCUUUUUCUUUUUCUCUUUCUCGUAAAGUACUGCUAGUGUUUCUUUAUUCAACUGCUUAAAUGUGAAAAACAAAAAAAGAAAUCCCCUAUGAAGUAUCCUUUGUCGUCUCUUCUAACCUUCUUCGUUUCGAAGAAAAAAACCCCUCAAUUACAAGGUUCAGAACUUCCGGAGGAUAUAUGCCGUCAAUUUUCACUAGCCGAGAUCGAAGCCGCUACCAACAACUUCCACCCAGACUCCAUUAUUGGUAUAGGUCGUUACGGGAGUCUUUAUAAAGGAACUAUCGAUGAUGGAACCGUUGUUGCUGUCAGGCGCUGCCGAAGCAGUUUAGGAGCAGUGAGAGAGUUACAAAAUGAGGUACGAUUGCUUUGCCAGUUGCGCCACCCACAUCUCGUCUCCCUCAUCGGCUUCUGCCUUGUGGAAAAUGAACUGUUCGUUGUGUUAGAAUACAUGAGCAGAGGGUCACUCGCUGAUUUUCUCUUUGGGAUUGGGAAGGAUUACGUUCCACUGUCUUGGAAACAUAGGUUACACAUAUGUAUCGGUGCAGCACGUGGAUUACAUUACCUGCACACCGGUGCCAAGCAUGCUGUAAUCCACCAUGACAUCAAGAGCUCAAACAUACUUUUAGAUGAAGAAUGGUGUUGCAAACUUUCAGAUUUUGGCUUGUCCAAACUGGGUCCUCCUAGCAUGUCAAAAGCCUUGAUAAGAAAGUAUACAUGUAGGCUUGUGGGAACUUAUGGAUAUAUGGCUCCAGAAUAUACCAUGCAUGGGGAACUGACCGAAAAAUCCGACGUCUACUCAUUUGGGGUCGUUUUGUUCGAAGUUCUUUAUGGCAGAAGAAACUCCGAUCGGACACUACCAGACAAUCAAGGAAGUUUGCUUACUUGGGCCAAGGAAUCCCUAAGGGAAGGAACCAUUCAUCAUGCCAUUGAUCCGUACCUCAAGGGAAGGAUAGCUCCAGAAUGUUUGAACAAGUAUUUGGAAAUCGCUCCUAGUUGUGUCCACUGUAAUGGAAAUGAAAGGCCAGCAAUGGGUGAGGUGGAGGUCACACUAGAACUUGCCUUGGAGCUGCAAGAGAGAGCAGAUUCCGAAAUGGAGAGCAUCUAUCCUUCUGGUGAGGGUAUGUAUGAAGAAGCAUUGUUUUCUGCCUUUGUUAGGAAUUUUGUGGGUCUUGGUAGCCAUAAUUAUUCUAAAUUUUAUACUGACUUAUCAAAUUCAGAUAGCAAUAAUGUUGAAAAUGAACUUAGUUCUUGAUGUUUUGGUGGGUUUAGGUGAUGGUUGAGCUGAUAGGUCAGUUUAUUUAUGCGUACAAGCAAUGUUUUAAUAGUCAUUAGUGAGGUAGUUGAAUAUUUGAUGAUGUAUUUUGACUAUAAAUGUAUUGUUUUCAUAUUGAAUGUAUAAGCAUAUCAGUUGUGUAAAGCAGAUUGCUUCCUUGCUGCACCUUUGUGAGCAAGUAAAUUAUAUCAAGCUUCUUGCUCCUUUGUUCUA